AUGGAGCAAAACUCAUGCACAGAAGAUCGUAUACAGCAUGUCCUUGAACGCUGCCUCUGUGACCUUGAAUUCAACACUCCUGACAAGCAACUUUGGAACGCCGGGCUGUGCAUGAACCGCUGGUGUUUGGAGGAACUGGUGAUGAGAGAUCCCAACAACUUCCCCUUCCUCUUGCAGACAAUACUUAAGAAAACAAAAGAGGCACUUGUUCAGUGUCAUUACCAACUAGUGGUGCCUCUGACUCUUCUGUUUUCUUCAACACUUUUAAAAACUCCUUACCUCCAGCCAAAUUGUGAUGUGCUGUUGGAAGCUUACCUACUCUUUCACCGUUUCCUGUCCUGGCCAGAUCCUUACUGCACUGCCUGUCAACAUCUGCUAAAUGUCAUUUAUAAUGAACUCAGAGCUCCAGGCAUAUCAUUCCAGCGACUGGUAAAGUCAGAGCAUGGCAUUUCUGCUGCGAACCAACAAUCUAAAACUAUGAUGGUGCUUUUAGUGAGUCCAGAUGAAGAUAUUCCCCCUGAGAUCCAAUCAGUGACCAAGCAACUGAGUACAAGUCAUCAGUCCAGGCGAGACAUCAUUAUUACCCUCAUCCUGCACAGCUUCCAGGCUGCUCUGGGCACCAAAAUCCACCUGCAAAGACUCCGUGAUGCCUUGCAGACAAAACAGCCUUUUGAGCUGGAGCAGCUGCUGGAGAGAGUAACUUGCUGCAUGGAGACAGCAGCCUCCACAGCAGAUCUCAAAAGCGCCAGACAAAGUCUUCAACAGACUAUGGAGCGUCUCACUCUCAACCUUAUUCCCAUUACUGGAGAAAACUACUCAGAUACAGGGCUUGCUGAAACUUUUGCGCUACCCUUCCCCAAAUGUCACACAAGCUAUUGGGAAAAUGACAACUUUGAUUUUCUUACAAAUAUUGUCAUGAGCGACUGCUACUUGGAUUUGCCACCGGCUUGUCUGACACGAGAUGAGGAUGAUAGCAAUGACAUUAAUGUGGAAGAAGUCAUGGAGAACCAUUCUCUAUCCAUGUCGUCUUGCCUCUCUUCCUCCUUCAACUUCCCUACAUCUGCAACAUACAGCUCAUCAGGUGUGGAAAGAGAUUUCAGUGAAUUCUGUGAUGACGCAGCCAAGGGAGAAAAGGGUCAGUCGAAGUCUAGAAAGAAACCCAAAAAGAAAUCCAAAAGCCUUUUAGGCUUGGAGAACCUCUCCCUGUUUUUCAAAAGCCCGCGCAGUCUCGGGACUGAGUUUAAAAAAUCUCAUUCCAGCCAAGAUCAAAUUCGUACUGUGCCCAGCCCUCUCACCAACAAAGAUCCUCCUUCUCCCCAGAAGCAUCUUUGCAUCCGCAGACGGCCCAUUCUGAGCAUCAACGAAUCAGACGCUGCACUGGAAGAAACUUUGGUGCGAGUACUAGUGUUUGGGCGUGAUAGAGAGGCCGGGCGACUGGCGAGGGCUUACAGUGACCUGCAACAGAAAGAGGCCAAAUGUCCCCGGCUCACCAAGAUGUGCAAGCUGCAGUUUUAUUUUGUUCCCACAAAAAGAACAUUUACGGGAAAGCCAAGUGAAAGACACUCAUCAACAGACACGGGAUAUUCAACUAAAGCUGCAUCUGUGCCUUAUAGUCUUUCCCAAGAGGACAGCUCUACAGAUUUAGCACAGAUGUUGGGAGUGAUGGACCCCUGGUAUGAUCGAAGUGUCCACAGUCUGCUCAGUCUUUCUUCAGAUGUGCUUUGUCAGCCUGCAUGUAACGAAGAUAGUAUUUCAGAGAACAACAGACUGGUGGAGCAUCUUCCAUUGAUGGCUGACUUGGUUCUCUACUACUGCAGACAUGCCGCUCAACCUGUCCUAGUGCAGCUUUACCGGGCUGAGCUGAGCCUGGCUGGGGGCGGGAAGAGAAGUGAAGUGUUCAUUCAUUCCGUGGAGCUCGGACAUAAGGCUGCAACCAGAGCAGUCAAGGCCAUGGGCGCUGCAAGCAAGAGGUUCGGAAUCGAUGAAGAGAGCACGGCCGCCCCCUUAACACUAAGUGUUGCCUAUAAUAAGGUGGCCUGCAGUGGAAGGAGUCAGUGGACCCAAGCAGAAAUGCUUUGCACAUCCAUAAAUAUUCACAAAGCUUGCACAAAAGCUGGACAUUUAGAGUCCAGACCUGAAAACCUGUGGCUGUCCGUGACUGAAAUCACAAGGAAAAGCUCUAAAAGGAGCAACACCCAGAAUUUCCCAAUAUCAGAGGUGAAUGUCAACAGAGUUGAGGUAAGCAGCAGCAAAGCCGGGACGACCUUUGCUGUGUGUCUGGAUCAAGAUGAGAGAAAGUUCCUGCAAGGUGUCACGAGAGUUGAAGUGUCUUUGUGCUCUAAGCCAGGAGGCAGUUCGGACUGGAAGUCGUACAAGCCUUCACCUGGCCAAGUCCAGCCUCUGCACGCAUCUUACUGCUCCAUGCUGUGCCUUCCCUUCAUCUCUUUUUCUACCUCACACGCCUGA